GCCUACGUCAAGGGUGUUUUGCAGUUUCCCAGUCGGGUCCCCCGGUCAGUAAGCAGAAAAUACAGGAGGGGGAGUGAUUUGUUCCUGUUUGCUAUCAUCACAUCGCAAGGAUCUGGUGCAUUUCUUUAGAUUUGUUCUUAAAAGGGGAAAAACAACUGUAUCUCUUUUACAACAAUGGCUACUCCACUAACAGAUAGCGAGAGAAGAAAGCAGAUCAGUGUGAGAGACAUCGCAGGGUUAGGAGAUGUCGCCGAGAUCAAGAAAAGCUUCAACAGGCAUCUCCAUUUCACUCUUGUAAAAGACAGAAAUGUCGCAACACCCAGGGACUACUACUUCGCUCUGGCACAUACCGUCAGGGACCACCUUGUUGGGCGAUGGAUCCGGACUCAACAGUAUUAUUAUGAAAAGGAUCCAAAGCGGAUUCACUACCUGUCUCUGGAGUUCUACAUGGGGCGAACCCUGCAGAACACGAUGAUAAACCUGGGACUGCAAAACGCCUGUGACGAGGCCAUUUAUCAGCUGGGUCUGGAUCUGGAGGAGCUGGAGGACAUUGAAGAAGAUGCGGGGCUCGGGAAUGGAGGACUCGGCCGGCUUGCAGCCUGUUUCUUGGACUCCAUGGCAUCCUUAGGCCUGGCUGCCUACGGAUAUGGAAUCCGAUAUGAGUUUGGUAUUUUCAACCAAAAGAUCUCCAACGGCUGGCAAGUAGAGGAAGCAGAUGAUUGGCUGCGCUAUGGGAACCCGUGGGAAAAGGCCCGUCCUGAGUACAUGCUCCCUGUGCAUUUUUAUGGAAGAGUUGAGCACACCGCUCAAGGAGCCAAGUGGCUUGACACACAGAUAGUGCUUGCCAUGCCCUAUGAUACCCCAGUACCAGGAUACAAGAACAACACUGUCAACACCAUGAGACUCUGGUCUGCCAAAGCACCCAAUGAUUUCAACCUCCAGGAGUUCAACGUAGGUGACUACAUCCAGGCUGUGUUGGACAGGAACCUGGCUGAGAACAUCUCCAGAGUCCUCUACCCCAACGACAAUUUUUUUGAAGGGAAGGAGCUGCGUCUGAAACAGGAAUACUUUGUGGUUGCUGCCACUCUCCAGGACAUCAUCCGACGCUUCAAGUCCUCCAAGUUCGGCUGCCGGGACCCUGUCAGGACUUCAUUUGAAACAUUCCCUGAAAAGGUGGCUAUUCAGCUAAAUGACACCCACCCAGCCCUGGCUAUUCCUGAGCUCAUGAGAAUUUUGUUGGACGUGGAAAAGUUAGCCUGGGAGAAGGCCUGGGACGUGACGGUUCAGACCUGCGCCUACACCAACCACACUGUGCUGCCUGAGGCCCUGGAGCGCUGGUCUGUCCACAUGUUCGAGAAGCUGCUGCCCAGACACCUGGAGAUCAUCUACGAGAUCAACCGCAGGCACCUGGAUAGGAUCUCUGCUAUGUACCCCGGAGAUGGGGACCGGCUGAGAAGGAUGUCCCUGAUCGAGGAGGGAGACCCCAAAAGGAUCAACAUGGCCCACCUGUGUGUGGUCGGCUCCCACGCUGUCAACGGGGUGGCCAGGAUUCACUCGGAGAUUGUCAAAAACACUGUUUUUAAAGAUUUCUAUGACAUUGAGCCAGAGAAGUUCCAGAACAAGACCAAUGGAAUCACUCCAAGGCGCUGGCUGCUGCUGUGUAAUCCUGGACUUGCCGAUGUCAUUGCUGAGAAAAUUGGAGAAGAAUUCCUCACUGACUUGUACCAGCUGAAGAAGCUGCUCAACUUCAUUGAUGAUGACACCUUCAUCCGGGACUUGGCCAAAGUGAAACAGGAAAACAAAUUGAAAUUUUCGGUCUACUUGGAGGAAAAGUACAAAGUGAAAAUAAAUCCGGAGUCUAUUUUUGACAUCCAAGUGAAGAGAAUUCACGAAUACAAGAGGCAGCUGCUUAACUGUUUGCACAUCAUCACUUUCUACAACCGUAUCAAGAAAGAUCCAAAUAAGCAGUAUGUGCCAAGAACUGUGAUGAUUGGAGGAAAGGCUGCCCCAGGCUACCACAUGGCUAAAAUGAUCAUCAAGCUGAUCACCUCCGUCGCGGACAUUGUGAAUAAUGACCCCGUUGUGGGAGAUCGACUCAAAGUGAUCUACCUGGAGAACUACAGAGUAUCACUGGCUGAGAAAGUGGUGCCCGCUGCUGACCUGUCAGAACAGAUCUCCACGGCUGGCACCGAGGCCUCUGGCACCGGGAACAUGAAGUUCAUGCUCAACGGCGCCCUCACCAUCGGCACCAUGGACGGCGCCAACGUGGAGAUGGCAGAGGAAGCCGGGGAGGAGAACCUCUUCAUUUUCGGAAUGAGAGUCGAGGAUGUGGAGGCCAUGGACAAGACAGGCUACAACGCCAAAGAGUACUAUGACCGCAUCCCUGAGCUUAAGCAGGUGAUGGAUCAAAUCAGCAGUGGCUUCUUUUCCCCCAAGCAGCCUGACCUCUUCAAAGACAUCAUCAACAUGCUCAUGAACCAUGACAGGUUCAAAGUUUUUGCUGACUAUGAAGCUUAUAUUAGCAGUCAAGAGAAGGUCAAUGAUCUCUACAAGAAUCCAAAGGAGUGGACCAAGACAGUGAUCAAGAACAUCGCUGGCUCAGGCAAGUUCUCGAGUGACCGGACCAUUGCGGAAUACGCGCGGGAGAUCUGGGGAGUGGAGCCUUCGGAUGUGAAGAUCCCUCCUCCCAACGAGCCCCGAGAGUGAGAGGCCCUGGAGACACAGGUGAAGAUCUCAGUGUACAGCAGUGCUCACUUCAAGGAAGCCAUUCCGCUUUCAAGGGUUCCAGUGACAUCACAGAACCCCCAAUGCUGCAGUACUUAUCUAGUACCGUUCAGUCUUAGCUUUAUAACACAUGCUACUGUAGGUAGGACAUUAUGAUAUGGGGUUGGGGGCUACUUUAAAAGCACUUUCAUAGUUUCAUUAUGAUAUAUAGCACAGGGCAGUUUUAUGGUCCUUUCUUCAGCACAGGCUAAGUCCAAGCUCCGCUGUAGUCAGUGACUAAGUGUGUGAUUGUAGUAUGUGCCAAAAGAAGCAACAUUCUUUUCAAGGCUUCCUCUUCUAUAAGAAUCAUCAUCUAUAUUGACUUAGGCUCUAUUGCAUUUCCAUUUUUCCAAACUGAUUGCAUUUGUAAUUGAAUUAGUUUAUUAUGAGGUUUGUUAUGCAGCAUACAGGCUGUUAUAUGGGAUCUUAUUUCAGUGAGGAAUGGCAAACACUGACGCUGACGCUAGCGUCGCUUGAAACUGUUAUAUUUAGCAUUGCUGUUUUGAGAGUGUGCGUGUGCGUGUGUGUGUAUGAGUGUGUAGGGCAUGUGAUCUUCUGUUGCAGCUAAAGGUUUGCAUACCAUGACAGUCAAGUACUAUAGUUUGUAUGUUGACAGAUUGCUGUGUGCAUCAUUGCUCUCACUAAAUUCACUGGUAAUACAAUUAAACUAACAAACAUUUUUCACAGACUUGUCUAAGCCAAGGCAUGUUUCAGUACAGGCACCAAUAUAAAGAGCUUACAUAAGAGCACUUUUAUGACAGUCUGCAUUAGGAAGUUUCUACCAGUGGAAAAUCUUUUUAAUUUUAAUAAUUUUAUGUAAAAGCAGUUUUGGGCGCCUAUUAAAUGUUUUUAGUAAAAUAAUUUUAGGAAGCUACUAAGUUCAUGUGGAGCAAUUUUAUUUUGGAUGGAAUUAACACAUCACUGAUGGGGUAUAGUGAAAUAAAAGUACAAUAUUGCUCAACAUAUGUGCUGACUAGUAGACCUGGGUUCAUAUAACUACAGGAUAAUAAAAAUAAAAAAGUAUGUUUUUUACUCGUGUCAUUUCCUGAAAAGAGAAACUAACGCAUUAAACUCAAGGGCUGUUAAGUACUGUAUUGUUGUUUCUUACAGGUUUUUUCAAUCAUGCAGUCUGGUUGCUGAUGAUUACUGGUAAAUAAUUAUUAAGUCAUUUGGAAAUUAGGAGAAGAAUAACUGGUCUGUAUCAUCACAUUAUGAUUGAUAAAACCAACUGUGCUGGACUUUCCCAAAAGUAAAAAUCUUGUGUGAAGUGCUUCACAUGUCACUCCUUGUGAGGCAAAAAUGAGGAUUGCUGUGCAUGCUUCCCCCAGCACCUUACUGUGGUCUGAGUCUGGUAUCAGUGUUUAGUGUUUUUGAAUGUACGGUGCAUAAAUAAAUCAAGGAAUGUAUAUAACUUG